AUGGCAAUAGCAAACAACUCUGAGGUGGAGGACCUCUCAGAUGGGGAAGAUAAUGAUCCUGCUGUGGACGAAGUCAUUCCACAAGAUGUUGACCUCAUGGAUGAGCAACCUGAUUUUUCGCUACUCGAUGUUUCACCACCUGAUUCAUCAGAUGAUGAUUCCGGUGAAGAAUACACACCCUCUGAUGCAGCUGAAGAUACUGAAGAUACUGACUCUGAGAAUGAAAUUCAGCCAAAUCAUCCACAAGUGCACAGACGUGGACGUAAAAAACAGCGUGCUGAGAAUGAUGAGCUGGAUGAGGAAGAUCAGAGACAUGAAGAGCCCAGAUCAGAACCAAGGAAUGCUGAACGUGGAGAACGCUGGAGGUUUGUUUCAUUAAGACCAAAUUUGGUCCAGUUUCAGGAUGGACAUGAUGGACUGAAAGAUGAGCGAACCGGUUGGCAGCCACUGGAUUAUGUGGAGCAGUACAUUGACUCAGACCUGAUGAAACUCAUUGCUGACUGCACAAAUGCCAUGUCACUGGGUAACAGUGGGAGAUCUAUCAAAACUUCGGUAGAUGAGAUGCAUCACUUUUUUGGAGAAGCAAUCUUGAUGUCUUGCGUGCCUUAUCCACAGAUAAGGAUGUUUUGGUCCAAUGCCCUACAAAUCCCUGCCAUUAGUAACAAAAUGUCACGUGCUCGCUUCUUCAAACUUAGGAGCCAUCUGAAAGUAGUUAUUGACUAUGAUGUCUCAGAAGAUAAGAGGGAAACCGACAAAUUUUGGAAGGUGAGGCCUUUUAUGGACCGUAAACUUACCGGCUGCCGCCUUCAGGCUCGUACAGAAUGCGUCUCAAUAGACGAACAGAUGAUCCCGUUUACAGGGGCAUGUCCAUUCCGACAAUACCUGCCACUAAAGCCAAAUCCAGUGGGAAUGAAGAACUUUGUGCUGGCAUCUGUGGAUGGACUCGUGCUAGACUUUGAAGUCUAUCAAGGUUCAAAAACCCUGGCUUCGAAGGUUCAGGACUCAGAUGGAUUGGGUCUAGGAACACUAGUCAUCAAACGUCUUUCUGAAAUGCUCACUGCAGGCACUCAAGUGUAUUGUGAUCGCUUCUUUACUACCAUACAAGUAGUUGAUCACAUGCUGAAGGAUGAUAUUUAUCUCACUGGUACAGUGAUGAAGGGCCGAGUCAAACAAGCAAUGAACAAGUUACCCGAUGACAAAACCCUGAAGGACCAAGGGAGAGGUGCCGUGUCCACAGUAACCAGGGCAGAUGGGAAACUUUGCGUGGUCAAGUGUUACGACAACAAGCCAGUUGUGAUGCUCUCCACUGUUCAUUCAGAGCAGCCAGAAGAUACUUGCCAGCGUUGGUCCAAGAAGGGAAAAAAGUAUGUGACCGUGAAACGACCAAGCAUCGUGCGCGAGUACAACUCAAAGAUGGGAGGUGUUGACAUGUCAGAUAGGAUGAUGAGUUACUACCGAAUGUCUGUGCGGACGAAGAAGUGGACAGUUCGAAUGCUGAUGCACUUCACAGAUCUUGCCCUGGUCAACAGCUGGCUGCUGUAUCGCAGAGAUAACCAGGGAAAUGGCACCCCGAGGAAAUCUAUCAUGAAGUUUCGCAUGGUAGUGGCUCAGGUAUUCCUCAGCAAGUGUGAUGUUCUUCAUGAAGGUGCUCAUGUCGCAGAAGAAGAGAAUGAGAACGGAAACCUUCCACCACCAGGCAAAAAAUCUCGGGUCGCUCCAAUCCCCCAUAUCUCAGUCCGUUCCAGUGCUGCUCAUCUCCCGGAGAUGGUGGCCUUGAAAAGCCCCAUGCGUUGCAGAGUCAAAGGCUGCACUGGGAAAUCCCGUGUGCGAUGCAUGACAUGCAAAGUGUAUCUGUGCUUGCAAAGUGAACGAAACUGCUUUGCAGCAUUUCACACCGGCCAAUAG